CAUUGUAUUGGAACGUGAUGCCGGUCACAGGCGUCCUCACUGCGCACAAAGUUAUUGUUCCAGGGUUCCAACUCUCAGUCUUAUAACUAGCACUUCGCCCAGAAGGAAGACUUCAAACAGUCUUGAGCUAGUUUGUAGCUGCAGUAUUGUAUACUACCACAUUUGAAAACUCAUUUAUAUUUGUGGACUUGACUCUCAGAAAGGUUCAAGUACGUGUAAUUCUUUAUUAUCACCACGGCUUAUAGUCAUUUGUAUGGAAGGAGUUCACCAAUCAGGUUUUGAUCCAUGUAGGACAGAAACUGAGAGCAUCGAUAAGUUCGACAACAAACGCAGUGGACCUCAAAGCUCUCAGUUUAUAAGCAUUUUAUGAUGACAUCGCUGUGUGCAUUUUACCUCUUCAAGCAACACAAACACAAAGUGAGAAAAUCGAGAUUACGGUGAGGAAAAAAAACACGUGUCUGGACCGGUAAAUAACUGUCGCCAGGGAAUAUGUCCAGGUCCCAUGACAAGGAGCCGUCUCCGGCUACCCACGCCAUGCGAACGCUCGUCCCGCGCCGCUGCAGUUACGAAUUUGCGCGCGCGCGGGGCGAGCAUCCUUGUCGAAUCUGCCUCCACUUUACCAUGAAUUGUUGCGGUAGUUGUGCACAUUCUUUCUCCUGGAGAAAUUGCACGACUUCCAGAACGAUCUCCAUGCAUUCAAACGAGUUUGGGUUGGUUUCAUUCCGAGACCAGCAUCACCGCAAGGCGCGGCGGGAAGAGUGAAGGAAUCGUUGUGGGAAGGCCUUGGAGUCGCGAGCCGAUUCGAUUAUCGGAGGCGGGGGCUGAGGAGAUGGGUGAGACGAUUUAGAAGGAUUUGUGUGAAGAUGGUGAAGCAUUAGUGGGGCUGACCAGGAGGGGGUGUGGCGUUGAAACUUAGGGGAAACGGUGAUUCAAUAAAAAGAGCGUAUUGUUCAUAGUUCCGACGCGUGAGCUGGAGUUGGAGGUUUCUAAUACAUCGCACGAUUCCGGUUCUUUCUGCUUUUGCUGAAUAGCUUAAUGUGAAUUGCGCAAAAUCUGAAGCAACCAUGGUGGUGUCAGUGGCGACGUCGAAGGUAGAUGCCACAAUGGGUGAGGACAUGCAGUUAGACAGCUUAGAUAUCGGCAUUGAAAGCAGCAUUAAGCGCUGCGAAGCACUCCUCUCCAUGCUUCCAACGACCUUGGGCACCUCCUUCGACAGAGAUGCUUUGCAUGAGUCGAGUAAUAAGAAAUUGCGGAAUGCACACGCGUACCUGAACUUAAACAUGAAUAUGACGAAUAUGAUGGAAGGAUUGAAACCCGAAUGGAACAAAAACAUGGGGACGCUGAGCAACAUCAGCAUGUACAGAGAAAUAUCGUCAUCGCCGGGGAACUCCUGGAAAUCGUACUCGCUCAGCAACGAGACGUCCACGCAGAGGAGCAGCGACGUAGACUAUGAGGGAAAUGAGCUGCAGCCUGUGUUCGUGAACAGGGUAAGCUCUACGAGAUCAAGAACGUCGCAGGACGAGGCCACGCACCAACAGAGGAGAUUCAUCAAGAGUCGUUUUGAGGCUGGAAAAACUGACGGCUCCAGUUUUCCUAAGGAAUGGGCAGAGGAGGGAACUUCGGCAAGGGGGAGCUCUGUAUGCGAAGUGGUGUGCAAAUUAUUCGACACGCCGCAAGAUGUCAGCAAACGAGCGAGUUCGGAGAGUGGAGAGUCAGCCCGUAGCGCUGUCACAUAUUCUUCUACCAAGAAUUCGAACUCUGAGAAGCUGAGCUGGCCUUUGGCGGCGUCGAAGCUGGAGAAACUUUAUCGACCCAACGAGAAGAUCUUCGAAGUUGCCGAGACUGCGUCAUCCUCGAUCCCUAGAAAAGUACCGGAUGAACAAAACAGCCUCGAGGAGGACAGCUUCGAGGAGGAAUUCGGCUGCCCAAACUCGCAUAAACCUGAAGAGAUCUCAAUUUCAAUGUCAAAUUUGACUCAAGAGGCGCCACAGCGGCUUGAAGACCGUGCCACAGCAGCGCCAGACCCCAUCACUCGAAGUGAUUCUAUCGUAAUAUUUGGCCCACAAUCAGAGCAACCAAAGAAGCACUCUUCGUGCUCUAGCUCCACGAUCUCUUCUGAGCCCAGCAUGAUAGAACUCCGCAAGUUUCCACCCCAGGCAACCAAGAAUGCUGCGGAACUAAAACCUACUGGACGUCCGACGAAUUACAGAAAGAUCGACACGCCCUCAACCCAGGAAUUGAACCCCAACUGCAUGUUUGACUCGGAACAGCGAGGGAAGCAGAAAGGAAAGCUAUCACGGCAUGGGAGGCUGAAGACAUCUCACGCCGUGGCAUCGGUGGCGCGGUUGUCUAUUCCGAAGAAUCUUGCAGCGGGGCAACGGACAUGCCGAGAUAUCAAAUCUGCGCCGGAGAUGAAGCGAUGUGACAUAUUUUUGAAGCCUGAAACUAUGCUGCGCUUAGCCACACCCAAGAUUGCAGCUUCUCAGAAAGUUUGUCACGUGCACAGAAAUGAAUCCUCCCUUGAGCCCAGAAGAGGGAAGAAGCCAGACCAGGGAUCCAAGAUCUCUGCGCACUUAAUUGAGCGACUUGGUGACAUUCAGGAGCGUAUCAACCUCAUUAAACGUGCUAAGAAGAUGCGAGAAAAAGAGGAGCGGGACUUGUGCUCCUUCCGACCUAACAUCAAUACGAAGUACCUCGAUUUGGAGGCGUAUCAGCCCAUCGAGAAUCGCCUGGAUUGUAUUCGGGUAGAAAAGGAUAAGUUGCUCCAAAAGGCACGAGACCAGGAAGUGAAGGAUCUCGGGAUCACUUUUAGACCCCAACUCAACCCAAAUUCAGUGCGAAUCGUAAAAGAGAGAGGAAAGUCUUCACUUACUCUCGACAUCAACGAGGAGUUGGGUAACAACAGCCCACGGACUUCCUGCAACGUCUGGUCGGAUGGACCCGAUCAUCGGGCAAAAGCCACUGACGAAUCGAGAUCAGGUAGUAAGUGCACAUUUGCACCGGAAAUAAAUGCCAACACCCACGCCCUCUUGGCGGGCACUGCAUUUGAGGGGUAUGACUUUCUGACGCGUCAGCAGCAAUUCCUCGACAGGAUUGAGCAGCGGAAGAGGAUGAAGCAACAGGAACUUCCUCCUGACUUCACAUUCCAGCCGAUGCGGGGGACUGCGGAUCUCGUGUUGAGUUGCUCACCGCUCUUUAAGACCAAUGAGAACUUACCUGAAAUGUGCGAGAGGCUAUCUAACGCGGACAAUCAACGCCGACUCCUCACUCAACAGAAAAUCACGGAAAACUAUUACUCUCAAUUUGCGUUCCAUCCUAAAAUCGAUGAGAUUUCAAGGCUUUUGGGACGCAAUCCAUCGAUCGAAACUCUGUAUACUGACCAGAAAACGAAGAACCACAAGUGUCUUUUAAGACGCUUGGCGCAUGAGGAAUUCCAACGAACUUGUACAUUCCGCCCAAUGGUGCAGAGGGUGGCCAUUGCUCCGACGGAAGGAGCCGUUGUGGAGGAGCGGAAAAGAAUCAAACAGGAGAGGAAAAAGCAAGAGGACAAGGAGCGAAUUAUGAAAGAGGUUGAGGAGUUGGCCGAGUGCACGUUCAAACCCCAGAUCAAUCCAUGGCCUUCGAAAGAAGCGGAAAGUGGAGUUCAGAUCAAGGGGGUGCAGCGCCACCUAGAGCUUCAACGUCUAGCCAAGCAAAUUAAAUUCGACCGUGCAGAAUGGGAGAAAAAAAUCUUCUUCUCUCAGCAAAACAACGAACGAUUGAAGCAGCAGUACACCAUACCUAAGCCAUUCCACUUCCAUACCGGGAGCUGCCACACUCAUUGUAACUCUCAUUGUCAAGGCUCCCCUCUGAACCAAUGUCGCCGGCUGCCUAUCUCGACGCCCAUAGAUCCUCACUUGUGCACCUAAGGAGAUUUCUACUAGGGCAUAUGCCCAAAUCCGGAUCCAGAAUGUGAACAACCUGCACUCGCAAACAAUGACUGUUGUUUGAGUUCGUCGAACUGCAUCGACAAACUUCCAGACGCUACUAGUUUCAGAUACAGUACCGCCAAUGACAGCCCACACUCCAAGCCUGUUUUUCUGAACUGAUAUCGUCGGUUAAGCAUAAUCUUCACUCCUUCAAAACCCACAUUACCAACAGGCUUUUAUCAGUGCACACCUGCAGAUUCCGGAUCAUGCUUGUAAACCUGGGCAAUCACCAUUGGGCCGUCUCACUCCCAAUGCAGCCAUUGUUUAACUCGACUGUGCUCCAUUGAAAGGUUGCUUAUCACCAGUACAUAAAUCCAUGCAUAAAACUGAACUUUGGUUUUGAUGCUAUUAAAAAUGGUUUUAGUUCUAGUCUGUACUUGGAUAUCGACAACUGAGCACUCAACUGGCCCAUUAUCAAAACCUCUAUCAGCCGCGAAUUCAUCAUCGUUCUGAUCAGCCAUGUUUCAACUUAUGGAGUUUUCUGCAUUGCAACUUGGCAUUUGGAGUCACAAGUGGGAGAUUAUUGAAUGUUUGAGUACAAGUUGUUCCAGAUUCUUGCUAACUGGACAUGGAUCUAUUUCUUGAGAACUUUUCGUCAAUAAAAAGUAAUAAUGAGGAUUAUCAAAUGAUCCACUGAUUUGGAAUAGCAUUUUGACUAUAUAGAAGGUUUGUGGAUAUGUUUAGUAAGAAUUAUUCCUUUUAAAGGGGGAAUAAGGCACACAGACUUAUAUACAAUUACACAUUCAACAGUCAUUGAAUAUAAUCUUUCUUUAUGUUCUCA